AUGGACGACCACUGGGUCCCGCGCAUCCUCGGCCCCAUUGCCAUAACUGCCCACACCGAGUGUAUUCUGGAUACUACCUUUGUCCUGUACACUUGCAGCAUCAAUGUCGGAAUCGAGGAUGCAUCACGGUCGCAGCAGGAAUCUCCAAAGUUUCGAGGUCCGUUUCACCCCAAAUACCCUUCGCUGCCAAUCGUGCAUACUUUCCGUACAGCUUCAGCCUCCACCCGGAAACUUCGUUAUGACGAUACCGCACAGCUAAAGCUGGGUCCCAAUAUCUCCGUGUCUCUUGUCUCAGCGGCCGCCUUCUUUUCUUUUCCACAUCCGCCUGGAGAGAGAGAAUCUAAAACCCUCCUCCUCCUUGUACCUCUCCUCCCCUCAUCCUCUUCCUUCUCUCCUCCCCUUCUUUUCUUCUACCAAGCCCUUUUCCUCUCUUCGUCCUCCUUCUCCUUUGGUCAAUUCGUGGAGUGUGCGGAGUCUGGUCCAACUGACCGAGAACUUGAGUCUUUCCGCCUCCCGUUCUUCUGUCAGUCCCAUCUAGACCUCCUGUCGAGUCGAAUCCCCUCCUCGAUUACGACAAUCCUCCCAAUCCUUGACGUUUGUUAG